CAAGGCGUGUUUUUGAUCAGCUUUUCUUUGAUCAGCGUAAGAAACUAAAUUGAGCCAAAUCACUCAGACACUUAAGUAAACUUUGCUGCAGCUGUUCCGUCUUUGUGGAGCACAGAUCUGAAAAAAGAUCCUUUUCAGACUUUUCUUAUUGGAUCGUAUUAAAAACUCAGUCACAGCACAUUUAUCUUUAGUAACAGAACAUCAGUGUAAAGUAUCAGAAGCGAUAUGGACAUUGGGAAACACCCACUGCCUCCAUCCAGUCAGAUCUGCUGACGGAUCAUGUGUUUUUCAGAUGGUCUCUGUCCUGAUUUUGGCAGAGAAACAUCUUCACUGCAGCACGAUUUUCCGCCUUCAUCAGCCACGUCUUGUUUGUAGUGUCACAUUGACAUGUUGGACAUUCAGAUCAUUUCUUAUCCACAUACUCCUCCGGAACAUUUCCAUACCACCGCGUGAAGGCCAGUUGGGAAAAGAGCGAAGACACAACCACUACAACCUGACUGCCGAGGGAGGGGGAGAAUGAGGAUUCCUGUAUUUAUAAAGCCCCAACAAAAAAAGCAGGAAUGUUGGAGCAGUAGGAGGCUGAGAGCGGCUGAGAGGACGAGGUGGUCGGGUUCAGAGAGGCAGAGACAGGAGGUUCAGGAAAACUGCGUCCGCUGGAGGAAGAGGUUCACGUUCGUGUCGAAGAUGAGCGCCAACCCCCACACGGGAGUCCUGGACCCGUCCGUGUGCAGAGUGUCCGUCAGGAAGGAACUCAAAGGAGGAAAAGCAUAUACGAAGCUGGGCUUCACAGACCUCAACAUGGCGGAGUUCGCUGGCUCCGGCUCCACCGUGCGCUGCUGCCUGCUGGAGGGAUACGACACCAAGAACACACGGCAGGACAACUCCAUACUGAAGGUGAUCAUCGGGAUGACCCUGCUGUCUGGAGAUCCGUGUUUCAAAACGCCUCCCAGCACAGCGAAGUCCAUUUCCAUCUCAGGACGAGAACACACCCUGCAGCUGGACUGCAAGGGGGAGGGAACAGCUGAGCCUGGGCCCACUGGGGGGGUUUCACAGGGCCGCUCGGCCAAGCCUCGACCCUCCAUCGUCAACUCAGGUCUCCUCGAUGAAUCCGAGGUGAAUCAUCAGUCUGGUUCUGCUGAAGUCUUCCAGUCUGGUCACUCCCGUAACUCCAGCUACGCCAGCCAGCAGAGCAGGAUCUCAGGCUACAGCACGGAGCACUCCUGCUCCUCCAGCCUGUCGGACCUCACCCAUCGCAGGAACACCUCCACAGGGAGCAGCACCUCCGGGUGCCUGGGCUUCACUGCCGACACGCCCACAGAGGGCGACAAGGACGCCGGACGUCCCGAGAGACCCCCUAGACCCCCGAGGCCCGUCUUACCCCUCAACAGGCUCUCCAGGAGGAAGCAGGACUCGGUGGAGACUCACCCUUCUUGGGUGAAUGACACUCGAAUGGAUGCUGACGACAUCGUGGAGAAAAUCGUCCAAAGCCAAAACUUUGCAGAUGUCAACAACACUGAAGACAGUAACCUGCGUCUGUUCGUGAACAGAGACGGAACCACGGCGCUCAGCGGCAUCAGGCUCGGAAACAGGGUGUCUGCCGGCGGCUACGAGCCCGUGGUCAUAGAGAGCCAUUAAACCCCGAGCGGCAGGAAAAAGGCGGCGCGACGACCUGGGGGAAUCGUCCCGUCUUUCUUCUUCUCCGCUGGUUGUCCCCCGGAGCUUCAGCUGGUCUGGACGCCUUGAAGGGGACGGACCUCGUCAGUUUGCACUUUAUGUGAAAUGCGCGGCAGCACUUGCCUCCACUCCGUUCAGAGGUGUUUGUGAUGUUGAGUCCAAACAUUUCUCUUGACAGUUUCGUUGUGGUGUCAUCACCUGAUUCUGUGAUCACACCAUCGUUUCAUUUUUACCUGUAAAGUGUUUUUAGAUACAGACGCCAAAACCAUCCAUGUGUCCCCUGGUCAUUGUUCUGACUGCUGCGUCAAGCCAACACUUCAAGUUACCAUCGUUAAAAAGUGUAAAGUGUGAAAGAGUGAUUAUUUCAUGUAGCAAUUUGAUCCUUGUUUUUUAAAAUGACUAAAUUCAAAGUCGAGGCUAAAACUAAUAGUAAUGUAGAGAAGUUCAAAUAAGCCAAUUUCUCACAUUUCACCAGGUCCCGGUUAGAGGAGAAGUCUGGUUAGUGACCUGCUGCUCAUAGUGACCAGGUCAUUACAUGUGUGAUCUCCAUCUACAAGCACAACCCGGUUCCUCUGAACAACCUGCCGACUUGUACGUAAACACACGGACUGAAACGGUUCAGAGUCCCGAAAGCUAAAUGUUUGGUUAAAGAUCCGAACUUAGAUUUUUCCUUCCGUGUCUUUGUGUUUCUUUUCCAGUUGUGAGCGGCUCCUGCAUUUCCUUUCUUCCUCUUUGUAUUUUUAAACGUGUGACCUCAGCAGUGUUAAAUCUCCACAGACUGAAAACCCGCUCGGAGUUUCUGUCCAAUACGGAUUCUGGACGCAGCUGCUUGUGUUGGUUUAUCAGUUUAUAUAUCGUCUGUGCUCCGAAAGUAAAACGCAGCGCAGCCGGGUCUCGGUUGGUAAAGUGGGAACUAAACAGUUGUUUGUGUUUGUUCCCCUUAAAAACACAUUUAGGCCUAAAUGUAAAAUGAGUAAUUUCACUAACUGGCACAUUUCAUUCUUCACUCAUUUUGUUUUUAUGUCAGGUUUGAGUUUUCUUUGGCACUUUGUCCUUAUUCUAGUAAACGUAACACUCAGUGAGAUGCACAUUAAUCUCAUUUACACCAAAUGGAUGAAGGAGUUUAAAAAGCAGAUGUUUGUGACCUGGUUCUGUUGCUGUCUGCGCUAAAAUUAAUCUUUUUAGACUGAAUCUCAGAGACCGUCCGUGGAAAACUGCCAUGAGUGUGUGUGUGUGUGUGUGUGUGUGUGUGUGUGAGUUAUGGAAACUAUAUUAAAAUACAGUUACAGACGGGGAGAACAAUUCCCAACUGCGAUUAAUAGAGGAAGUGAGGCUGAAGCCACCUGACGAUCAGGGGACGCAUGGAUGAUUUUUCUGUUUACUCUCACGCGUGGUGACAAACUGGCCUAUUUGUUUUUCAACUUGAUUUAUUCCUCCAGUGUUUACAGAGUUUACACGUCACCUCCGCAGUGUCACAAGCUCCCAGUAGAUUCUCCUGUGAACUCCCAGUUCCUCUGCGAGUUACAGUCACUCGGAGCCGCAGUUGAUUCUAAUGUUUUCUUACAGUCUUUGAUCGUAGACUGUAAAUAAAGAUGGACGACUCCACUGACUCUCACUGUCCAGAAAUUCAUCUCAGACACUUCCUAAAAUGACCGAAACCAUCUUUUUUAAAAAUCUGGUUCAUGUCCCGUCUGCUAACAUGGAGGAGGUGGAGUUCAUGACUCGUACUGCUUCCAGCCACCAGGAGGCGAUCGAGACCCUUUUGGCUUCACUUUUGGGAGCCGUCGUGUCGUCCAUCUUUAAAUACAGUCUGUGUCGAUUGUGUUAUUUUCAAAAACUCACAUUUUCGCAGGUUUCCCUCAACACUUCUGAACCUGUCGAUUCCCAUCCUCAUGGACAUGGGAUCAAAUAAUUAGCAGCUGCCGCUCAGAGCCGCACAUCCAGCGCCGAACCUCAGGAGUUCAUAAAACCCACCGAUCAACCGACUCACUUUAGAUUCGCUCUGUUCCCUGUUGAACGGGGGACGUGUCGUGGAGCCACUUUGUGCCUGAUGUGACGUUUCUCUUGAAUGACCCCGAAGCACAAUGACGAGUGCGACGACCGAGUGCUGUGAUGGCGAGGAGAGAAAUGUGCGUCUCCUGUUUGUGUUUGUGUAGUUUAUUUUCUUUUUGGUUUUGUUGUGGUUAGAACUGUGCUUGAGUACUGAGCUGCUGCUGCUGCUGCUGCACCGUCGCUCCGUCACCGCUCAGAAAACAGUCCAGAUGAUUUCUCCUCACUCCUCAGCCGUCGGAAGUCAAAAACCAAAUGUUAAAUGCUCAGCUGGGAAAACAACUCGACCUGUGGUACAAACUGUUCUGUGCUCAGUGAUGAGGGAGUUCCUGCAGUGACUGUCAAAGUCUUCUGUUGCCCCCUGGUGGAGCAACUGCGUGAGUUCAGGUCCUCCUGUGUUUGCAGGGAUGUUCACUUAAAGUCAGGUCGGUGCGUUUCCACGUCUUCAGAUGAACGAACCACAGGCAGAAGAAUUCAGUGUCUGAAACCAGCCGGCUGGUUGAUGCAGUGGAUUUUUUUUUUUUGUUAGUUCCAGAAGCAGAGUUUGAGUUUUUUAAAGUUUUUUUAAAAGUUUAUUCCAAAUCUGUUGAAUUGGGUUAAAUAACAAAAUGCUUCUUUUUGUCCAAAAAAACCUCAAAACGUGAAACGCUCACGUCAGAGAACUUGAAACCAGCUAAUAAUUAACAAUUAACAAUUAACGGACGCAAACGUCGAGAAAUAAUUUUAAGUCUCAGUUUAUCUGCAUCAGGAAAAACUCCAAUGACCCUUUCGGUGGCAGGUUAUAUCUUUUUAUUAACGACGUUCUUCUCCGGUGACGCAGCAGUUUUCCUUUCCCUUGUUGCUUCACUCCACCCUGUUUGUUCAUGAAUCACAUUGUUAGUUAUUCUCACGUUUGGGGAUGAACCACUGAUCGUAUAUUCUGAAUUUGGGUUUAUGUCACCACGGCCUUUAGUUUUCAUUUAUUUAUGUAUUUUUUAUUUCUUUUCAUUUGAUCCUCUUGUUGUCUGGAGGUUGGUUAUAAGCUAUGCACACAACUCGUCUCCUGGAGCUUUUCUUUUUGUUCUAAUAGUAAAUCUAACAAAUUAUUCUAUUGUAACAAAGCUUGUAUAAUCUAAAUCUAUCCGAGUUGGAGAUGUUCCUCCAAUCACCUCGUAGUUACUGCCAUCUUCUAUUUUUUUUUUGCAGAAAUUAUUUCUAAACAAUAAAAAUCUAAUCUCA